GACCGUUGUUUAUAUUUACUAUCUCGCGAGAACAACAAAGCUUCCGCCAUUUUCCCGGCAUCGCUUCUUCAACGUUUUGUAUUGUUUUAUAUUUGUUUAACACACAACAUUAGCCAUGGCUUACAAAGGUGGACCUAAAGUACAGAAAGUGAUGGUGCAGCCCAUCAACUUGAUUUUCAGAUAUUUACAGAAUAGGUCACGGAUUCAAGUUUGGCUAUAUGAACAGACAAACCUUAGGAUAGAGGGAUGCAUUGUUGGAUUUGACGAAUACAUGAAUCUAGUGUUGGAUGAAGCUGAAGAAGUUCACAUGAAAACAAAGUCAAGAAAAACACUGGGACGAAUUCUUCUAAAGGGAGACAACAUCACAUUGAUACAACAAGUGCAGUGAUAUAUUUAUCAUGACUCACACAUUUAAUGAGAACUGGACACUAAGAAGGCUGGAGAGUGAAUCUGUGAAUGGAAGUGUGAAGAGGGAUACAAGAUUUUAUAUGGUAAAGUCGAGAGAAUCCUGUUCCUAAAGACAUGUCUUGCGAUUGGAGACAGGACAACGUGUAGGAACUAGCAGCCAGCACAGCUACCAGGACCCACGCCAUCAUCACCUAGCAGCAAAUCACAUCAUCUUGUUCAUAAAACUUUGUCAUUGUAUAUUUCUGAGAAAUAAUGUGAACCAACAAUUGACUUGUGUGGAUUUCAUUUUCUUGACUGCAUUGUGUUUGUCAAGCAGACUAAAACUGUUUGUUGCAUUGUAUUCAGAAGUCACCGAGACUUUGCUUGGUAAUCUACAUGUUAUACGUUAUUUUUCACUUAAGAAUAUAUCAUUAUUUGAGAAGGUGCAAGAAUAUUUCCACAAAAAAUAAGUCAAUACUUCAUGUUUAAGAAUUUUAUACAUCAUUUAUGUUAUCUUCAAUGCUUAACUCUGUGUAAAUCAGAGUAUUAAACACUAAUACGGUCUGUGAGUGUGAAAAGGAAAAUUCUGAAGGUGGUCCUUACUGCCUAUUAAAAUUAUAAAAUCAUGAUUACUGGAUAACUAAAUGAAACUAUUUGAUGAUA